AUGUCAGACCCUACCUUUGCGGACGACACCCAACUCAUUGCAGGGUUGAUACAAGUCGCGACCGCGUUGGAGGACGAACAGAGCAGAGAAUCCUCCGCUCUCGGGAAGCGCAAACGAGACGAGGGCUUCAUUGAGCAAGGUCAUGCGUUGCACGGAGAUGGUUUUGAUGCCGCUGCCCAAACCAACACUCCUCAACUUCAAAAUUCGGCUGCGGUUCUAUUUCGCGAGCCUUCGUCGAAGAGCAAGAAACAUACCAGGCCUCCCCUCGGGAAAGUCUUCUCGUCCUUGGAGCUUGCUCCAGAGAACUUUCUACGACUGCAGACCGCUGCCAAGGCCUUCAUGUUGGACGAGGCGCACCCUGAGAGAAGAGAUGUAGUUGGGCACAAGAAGAAUUCAGGCGGUGCUGACUUGGCUAAGUUAAACCUGUGGAAUUGUGUUGACGAGUUUCUCUCAGUCCACGGUUAUGGUGAGAAGUACUUUACACCAGGAGCAGGCAGUAACAUCCCAAACGCACCUCCAAGAACAUUGUUUUGGCCUCAGGACAGCCAAUUUAUCAUCAAACUAAUGAUGCCUCUGAUGAGAAAGAUGGUGACCAACGAGCGCCAACGCAUCUAUGCUGCAGCGUCGAGGAAGCAAGGCUCUGCAAAGGUGGCUAGCGAAGAGCAGUCACCUUCGGUGAUAGAGGAGUCUAUCACCUCUAACCAGCAUACUGUUCUUGAAUCAAGUUACGCAGAGCAAGAGACCGAGGAUCAACCUCUGAUGCCAGCACAACAGCAAGAGACGGAACCUCCACAUGCCGUGCCAGCGCAACAAGAGGUCGUGACUGCGGCCCCACCUGUCUCGCCACCAACAACAACAUUCAAGCAAUCGGUCGUCCUUUAUGUCAAUGUGGUGUCAAACGCUGCCGGCACGCUGAGACGUAUCACACCCCGAUUUAGCUUGACGCCCGAGGCAGUCCCCAACCUCGCAGCAUUGCUGUCCGAGGUGGACAAGAGAUACCCUUUACCGUCAAGGAAUGGAUCAACGUCUGGAGUUGAGAAUCGUCCAGGCGUCAAGGUGUGGUUGCAAGACGGUCUAGUGACUGUAGCAGACGACGGCGAAUGGAUGGUUGCUCUCCUUUCUGCGGGGUUCGUAGACUGGAUGGACGCCGAGGUUCGAGUGCUCGUAGAGCUUUAG